AUGGUUGAAGUCUCAAACGCAUUAAAAGCAAGUUUGAUCGCCAUGGAUAGAAUUAAUCCUUCAGAGGUUGAAGAGCAGAAGGAAAGAAGGGAGGAGGAGGAGGAAGAAGAUGUUUUAUGGGUGACUCAAAAGGAUUUGAAGGAGAGAAAUGUUGAUAUUGAGGCUAAGGUGUCUCCCUGGAGAUGUCUUUUGAUGGUUUGUGAUGUUGCUAAUGAGAAGUACGAGCAAAAGGAAAGGGAGGUGAAAGAAAAAAAUAAUGCAAUAUUGGAGGAUGGGAAGUUGGGUAAGCUAAAAAGAGAGAAAGUUUUGAAAAAGCCAGCGGAGUUCAAGAAAGAAAAAAUUGUGAGAGAGAAACUACUUGGUUCUGCUAUUAAGAGCUAUGAGAUAAGAUAUGGGGUUGAUUCAAAUUUCAAGAAUAAUGAGAUUGAAGUGAUAUUGAACCAAAAAAAUGAGGUGAAGGACCCUAUGCCUAACCCGAUUCGCGAUGUCUUGACUACAAGAAAGAGAACGUCUGCUUCUGUGGAGUGGCUUUCUUAUCCUACAAAGAGCUACACAAGGAAUGGUUUUAAACCAAGAAUUAUGACUGAGGUUAAUGAUGAAGAAUUGAACCAAGGCUUGUAUCUGAGAGAGAAUAAGAUAUUCAAACUAUCCUAUGCUCAAGACAAGUCAAAGGGUUCAAAAUCAAACAAGAAAUCCAAGCAGGAGAGGCCAACCCUUGAUCUUGGCUCACUAGCAGAAUUGCCCGAAGAAGUCAAAGAAAGAAUUGCUUACAUGAAAGGUAAAGCCAUAGAGUUGGUGAUAGAAAAACAAUUAUAUCAAACUGAUAUGAAAGAUGGUAACAGCCGUUUGUCGAUCCCACUGAAACAAGUUAUAUCUAAAGAUUUCUUGAAAGAUAACGAAAAGAGUGAUCUUAGAGACGGUAAGUGUCUUGAAGUGAAGAUUCUUGAGCCCUCCUUGGAAAUGGUUAGUAACAUGAAUAUGAAACAAUGGAUUAUGGCUAAGGAGAAUGGCAAUGUUAGUUCAUCAUAUGUGUUCAUCACACAUUGGAAUGCUCUAAGGAAAAAAAACCAUUUGAAUUUGCGAGAUAGAAUUCAGGUUUGGUCUUUUCGAGUAGAAGAAGAACUUUACUUUGCUCUUGUUAAGGUCAGCAAGAAAAAAGAACAAGAGACUUGUUUUAACGGCAGCAAUACCAAUGCAUCAACUGUUAGCCAAGAUGGUAGCGUGACUGAAUAUAAUAGCAAUAACAGUAGUUGA